AUGCGAGACCUCCAAUCCGACCGAAUAAAACCGGAGAAGAAAGAGAACGUGGGAUUGAUGGUCGGCAAUAGUAUAGCUGCGUCGGCCAUGGAUUUCACUGGGACAUCAUCGUUUAGGGAAAAAAAACGUUCGUCCGGCCUUAAUUUCCUGACUGCAGAACACCCGCUUUUCCCACCCAUGCCCUCGUAUGGGCCACCAUCCGCAUUGCGCAGGGUCCAAUACUAUGCGUUCAUCGUUGCUUCAUUCUUUCUGUCGAUAUGCUUCUUGACGGUCAUAUUCAUCGGGGCCCUGAUCCACACAGCCGGAGUCGCAAUUUCGGAAGCUCGUCUGCGAUUGAGCGGCCAUAACCCGGAGACCAUGAGGUCGUUCUAUACAGAGGAACAGGCGCGCAGGAAGGCACGGGCAAACGUCGAUAGGAGAUGGGCUCUGCGCCAACAGAAGAGGGACAUGGACGAGGAACAGGGACCCGAAGAAUGCCAAGAAUGCCCGUCGUUGGAAGGAGGCAAGGACCCUCUGGUUGGCGAUGUCGCAUACUAUGCCCGCCGAGUUGGUCUUGAUGUGGAGACAUUUCGUGUGCAGACAGAGGAUGGUUUCAUCAUCACUCUGUGGCAUGUGUACAAUCCCCGGGAGUAUGAGGCAUUAUCACCAGAAGAGCGGCGUGAGCGUGGUCCCGAUGUUUUCACCAAGCCAAGAUUGUCGAGCACAUCUCGUCCACAAUCUAACCGUCGGUAUCCUGUUCUCCUGAUACAUGGAUUGCUGCAGAACGCUGGCGCAUUCUGUACCAAUGACGAGGAUAGUCUGGCAUUUUACCUCUGCAAGUCCGGGUACGAUGUUUGGUUAGGGAAUAACCGCUGUGGAUCGCACCCAGAGCACACCACUUUGUCGACCGACGACCCGCGUAUGUGGUCAUGGGACAUUCGGCAUCUCGGGACACUGGAUCUCGCAGCACUCACGUCGCGUGUGCUCUACGAGACUGGGUUCGAGAAGCUAGGUCUAGUGUGCCACUCCCAAGGAACCACGCAGACCUUCGUUGCUCUAGCCAAGGAGCAUCGUCCUGAGCUGGGUGAAUACAUCUCGGUUUUCUGCGCGCUUGCACCCGCUGCAUAUGCAGGCCCGCUUGUAAGCAGACCGUAUUUCCGAUUCAUGAGUCUUCUCUCUCCGGCGAUGUUCCGAAUUGUCUUCGGAAUUCACUCUUUCAUUCCUUCCAUGAUGACCGCUCGGCGCCUGCUCCCGCCUAGGAUAUAUGGAACCCUAGCAUACUGGGUGUUCUCCUUUUUGUUUGACUGGUCAGACACGCGCUGGGAGCGUGAUCUUCGCCAUCGAAUGUUCCAAUUCGCUCCUGUGUAUGUUAGCGCCGAGAUGAUGCGCUGGUGGCUGGGAAGCGACAGCUUUGCGAAACAUAAAUGCAUUUUGUCCACAGAUAACGAACUCCUUCAGGAGCCAAACGUGAACCCGCAUACGCGAGAUGCUGUUUCUGAGCAUGGUGAUGAUCCCAGAGACGCAUGUUUGGGCCCGGCCUCAAGCCCCUGGUAUGGCCCGAGGACACCCCCGUUUGCUUUCUGGAUCGGAGGCUCUGAUGCUCUUGUUGAUGGUCGCCGGCUUCUGAAUCGCUUUCAAAGUGGCUGCGAGCCUCAUGUGAGUCUCGUUCAUUCAAAGAUCAUUGAAGAAUAUGAACAUCUCGAUGUCCUUUGGGCGAUGGAUGCGAUCGAUCAGGUUGGCAGGGAGGUCAACAAGGUCAUUUGGACAACCAUGCCUGAUGACGCACGUCAGAUAUGUCGCACUCCGCGUGGUUUAACCCUAGACAUGGUAGACAGAGGUUAG